AUGAUUGGGUCGCGCAUCUCGCCAGGUGGAGGCCACAGCAGCGGCAGCAGCAGCAGGAUAGCCGCGUCUGUUUGCCCGGCUGACAGCCCGUUGGAGCAGUCGAACCCCCGCUUCGAGACCCGAUAUUCAUCAUCGAACCAUGGGUCGGAGAUUCGUUGGGAAUCAGAAGUGCGGUAUUCGCUGCUGGACUGGAAGCAGCGCUACUGGUUCACGGUGCAGCCGCACACCGGCGUCGUGGCGCUAGUGUCGCCUCUCGACAGAGAAACUACAGCACACCUGACGGUGCCGCUGGAGGCGCGUACGUCUCAGGGCAGCGCAGAAGCGACGUUGUACGUCACUGUCGAAGACGUCAACGAGUUUCCGCCGCGUUUUGCCAACGACGUUUAUCAGACGCAGAUUACUGAGGAAGACGACAGACACCUGCCCAAGCCGGUCAUACAGGUGGUCGCACGGGAUCGUGAUGGGGGCAGCUGGGGAGUGCUGCGCUACUCCCUCAGUGGGGACGGGGUCCCCCAAACCCAGGACCCCCACCCUCAGGAUCCCAGUCCUAACCCCCACAAUGAUAAUCUUAACAGCGAAGCUACGAGACGUCAACAUUUUCCCCAAUCAAGAUCAUCGUCUCUGAGUAAACCCCAUCAGCCACACGUGACUCCCAUAGCAAAGUCGUCGUCACGACUUCUCCCGGUCUCUUCGUCGCUCGUCAGUGACAUCGUCCUCGGUCUCGCGGGUCCGGCGCUUCGGUCUCCAGGGGCGCCGCCCCCCGCCGUCGCCCCGCCCUCGGUCUCCAAGAGCAAACACUGGACGCGUCGCCGCGCUGCCUUCUCCGUUGAUCCCGAGUCCGGCACCAUCUACGUGCUUAAGCCGUUGGACCGUGACGCACCAACGGGCCAGGCGCGCUGGCGUCUGACGGUCACGGCCACGGACGGGCAGUACACGGCCUCCACUGACGUACUCGUCAACCUCAAAGACGUCAACGACAACGCACCCGUCUUCCCGCGUGACGUCAUCGACGCACACGUCUUGGAAAACUCGAUGUCAGGAACGACCGUGGCGGUAGUGACUGCGCACGACGCAGACGACCCGCAUGAAGGCGACAACGCCCGCCUGUCGUAUUCGCUGCUGAAGAACGUCAUUGAUGAACGCUCCCGCCUGCCUAUGUUCACAGUUGACAGGCAGACGGGGGCUCUGCGUACGGCCGUCUGCUGUCUAGACAGGGAGCACACGUCGUCUUACGGGCUUGUGCUUGCUGCUACUGACGGAGGAGGUCUUCAAGGUACUUGCACCGUUACCGUUAACAUCGACGACGUCAACGACGUUCCUCCUUCCUUCGUGCGAUCGCACGUCGAUGUUGUGGUCCCCGAACAUCGUCAACCAUCUUUCCAGCGUUCUUCGUCCCAUGGAGCAUCGUCAUCCAACGGAGCAUCGCCAUCUCCCGACGUUUCGUCAUCCGACGGAGUUCCUUUGUCUAUCGAAGUCACGUUGCCCAAGGAAGCACUAUCAUCCAGCGCAGUGUUGUCUUCCAACAGAGAAUUUCCCUCCCGCGGCCUUCCAUCGUCCAAAUCUCGCAGCAACGUCUCUGAAAAUUUCAUCUCGACUCUUGUGGUGACGGAUCCUGAUACAAGCAACGUGUUUGCAUACCGGGUGAUGCCAGGGAGCGGUCACGGCUGGCAGCUGGUGGAAGUAGCAGCAAGCACAGGUGGUGCAGACCUGUUCUCUAGAGUGCCGCUGGAUUUUGAGAACCCACAGCACAGAGCGGGACUCAACUUUAGAGUGCAGGUCACCGAUCAGAUCAGUGACUACGCAGAAUCCUGUGUAAGGGAAGUUUCCGAAGAUUUAAGGCUCUACAUCAUCUACUACUUCUACAAUUUGAGCAUCGGACUUCGACACGGUCUACGAGAAGAAUUCAGCGACGAAGAUUACAACGGCUACAACAUACAAGACCCAGCAUCUGCUUCAACGCAGCUAAAAACAACUGCCACUACGACCUUUGACCUCAUCAACCCCCACGGUUCUGGCUGUGCGAUGACCACUUGA